AUGGCACGAACUAUUCAGACGGACCUCAAACAGUCCAAAGCACCUACCAGGCCUGAACGCACUCCUGAUGAGUUGGAGGCCGGCGAAGCUCUAAUCCUCCUCUCCAGGGGGUAUGGAGAGCGCGCAGCAGGCCCGAGGCAGCCAUCAAACACAAACAUGCAGACACAAAACGAUCAGAGUAACUACCAAACGCAGAACAACCGGGGUGUGCCCGCGAAUGCCAAUCCUCGUCCUCGUCAGAACACGACAUUGGCCCAGGCAGGUGGCAGGAUGCAGAUGCCUCAAACCGGUCCACAGCAACCGGCGAAUGCUGCCGUGCCGGCAAUGCAAGCGGGCCCCUAUUGGAACGCCAACCCAGCCGCAGCGCAGCGAGUUGCUUUGACGGGCCAGGAGGCGCUGCAGGCAUAUCUGAUCAGACAACAGAUCCUUGCAGGUGUGGCUCCCCAAGACAUUAUCAUGAUGAGAGGACCACCGCAGCAUGGACGUCAAGCCGUCCCACCACUGGUGCAGAUAACGAACCAAGGUGUUUAUGCUCCUGUCAUACCUCCCGCGGCAUUCAACGGCGUGUUUCACCCGUUUCCGAUGUUGCCUGUUCAGCAGAACAUACCCAAUGUACCGGCACCUACGGCGCCACCUGGUGUUCCGUAUCCUGCUGUUGCACCUGGUAUCCCUGCUCAAGCCGCUAGAGCACCUCAGUGUCAUUGUCCUCCUAUUGGGCCUAUGAUGCCACAGGAAGCUGGCCAAUUUCAUGUUCAACGACCCUUGAACAGAGAUCAUCCUAACGCAGCAGCAAUGGCUGGUUUGGAUGCAAACAUGCCUGCUCAAAACAGAGUGGUCUUACCAGCGGUUAUGCAGCCCAAUGGGCGGCAGCCUCAAGGCCCAUAUUUUCUACCCGCAAGGACUAUAGCGGAAAGAAAUGUGAACUUGCCCGCAAAUAAUAUGAUAGCGAGACAUGAUGGAAAUCCUGAGAAGACUGCUGGGCCACAGCGUCUGUCGCGCAAAGCACCCCAAAUCAAAACCGAGUCUCCUGAGCCUGAGGAGGUCCUUGCAAAUCAAGUUGACCAUACUGGCAUUCGGAAGACCGUACUCCAGGCAACCGGGCACAGACGUCUGCUUCUCCAACCGCAUACUGCGCCUCAGCCUCCCAACGGCGGGCAUAGGUCUGCAUCCAAUGGCACAGACACUAGGCAGUCUUCGGCCAUACCGGCUGCCGCAGCGCAGAGCGCAAACAACGCCGCACAGCACACUCGCAACGCAAGCAAAAGCAGCAGGCGCCAUAAUUACAACAUGCUCAAGUCCCUCAUUUGCCAUCCGUCUUUGGCGUUUUUGGUUUUUGAUUAUCUUGAAAUAGAGGAUGUGGUCAAUCUGCAUCUUAGCUGCAAGCGUGUCCAUCAAUUUGUGAGGAGCGUUCUCGCAAUAAUCGUCAUGCGUAAGGCGGCACAGAAAGCGCCCGAAUCACUGUGCACAUUUCCGUUUCUUUGCUAUAAUCGACUUUGUGAUCGCUGGUCGGCGCCACCCGGGCUGAAAUUGAACGAUGUAACUUACAUCAUACCCUCAGUUCGGUGGUUGAAGAUGAUCUUGUUCCGCGAGGCGGUCGUCAAGGACAUCAUGGAGCGCAUGGCUGACAAGGGCUGGAAACUGCCCAACAGAUGUGCCACGGUUGUGAAGAAGCUCUGGUUCUUGAUGGACAUUCCUGACAACAGACGUCGGACCUGGACAAUCAGAAAGAAGACACUGUGGACUGACAACGAUCUAUUCCUCGCAGCUUAUUUCAUCGUGCAGCUGGAUAUGCUCUUCACGGACAGCCGCGCGAGGAAAAAGCAAGGUAGCAUGAGACGUCUGCUCAUGGCCCAGCCCAGCUUGACUCUGCUGUCGGAUGUACUCAGGGAGGGCGCGUUGACUACGCAUUACGAGACACUCAAGGCAUACGUGCGCUGGCAGUAUAUCCCCCGGGCACAUGAAGCGGGUUUGUUUGUUUUCGGGGUGCCACCUAAUGAAGUUGGUUCUCUACAGUGGGAAGGAUACGGCCGAAUGGCAAGAAAUGUCAAAUUUCAGCGACCGGACGAGCUUGUUUUGAGGGAGAUCAAAGGCCGGAACCUUGACGUGCAGCGUAUGUACGUGGACAUCAUUCUAUCUGAUGGGCUUGAGCCCAAGGAGGAUGCUUCACCAUACAGGUGGCAUGAGGAGAUCAUGAAGGAGUUUGGGAACUUGCCUUGGAUGCAGAUCGUGAACGUGAAAUGA